AUGCCUCCUAACGUUUCCGAAAGCGAGGCUACUCCGCUCCAGACGGAGACGCAAAAUAAUGCUAGCUACGGCAAGGUUAACCAGCAAUACGUAACGGUGGAUGAAUUCAACGCUUUUAAGGCGGAGAUUGAGGAGAAACUCCGCCAGCUGAACAACGAAUUGAAGACCGUCCACAAGGAACUUGACCACGAGUCCCACGACAGGGACCACAGCCAACUCUACAAAGUUCGGUUUACUCCUAAGUGA